UUUACGGAUGAAAGCUGCUGCUGUGCCUCUCUGACAACGCACGUGAAAAGUGUGGCGCAUGCUUUGCAAAAACAUUUGCAGCGUGUGUACAUUUUUGCCUUCAUGUGUAGUUAGAUAAGAAUUCCUCCGUGUUCAGCAGGCCUUUGAUCACGCAUAUUAAAAGCGGCCGAUCGAAAUCCAAUCAGACACUCAAUCCUUCUCUGAUCUCCAACCGCUGUGUCCUGAUACCCAUCCUGGAAAUCAAUUUGGGGUGUCUUGUCAGUCACCUGAAGAUGAUUCUGUUUCUUGUGUCAUGACUGUUAACCUGCCUAGAGUUGCUUGACACGCUGCCGCUUUCGUAGAGCCCGUGUGGAAAAGCGAUGCCACGAUGCACCUUGUCCGGUAAUCAAUAAGGGCAAUAGCAGUGGACUUGAUUCUUCUUGUGGCUGAAUUAUUAAUGUCACAUCUGUCACAGGCGCGCAUGCACCAGCAAAGGUGAAUGGGCGUCCCCCCAGACACAGUCAAGGUAGAGCACUGACUGAUUGUCACAGUAUGGAUCGAACAACUAAUGGAGCCUUGAAGAGAUACACAUGACACAUCAAUCCUGAUUUCUAUUUCAAGUGCACGCCAAUUUCAGAGCAGGUUUUUUUUUUCAACUUGAGUGUCAAUUUUAAGCCAACCUGCGAUACCAUUUUAUAUGGCCGACAAAGGCAAAUUGAGUGAGUCCGCGUCGGGAUUCCUCACUGAAUGGGUUUGUACUUUUCUUUUUGGCAGGAUGGAAAAUUGCAUGUUUUUUUUCCUCACUUCAAACCGAUUUAAGGCGAGUUUUUUUUUCCUCUAAUCAAAUCCAUCCUUCACUUUAGAGCACGGGUAGAACAUUUAGAGCCGGACACUCGACAUCGAUGUCCACUCGUUUUCAUGAUCGUACUGAUAAAUGAGCUGAAGUGCGGAGCAGAAGUUUGUCAACAACAACAAUUUAAAAAGUAAAAAAAAAAAGAAACAAAAAAAAGUCACCCAACUUACUUCGCACAGGCACAAAUAGAUGAAAAACUCACUUGCGCUGUUUCAAAUUUGAGGUGCCAAAAUGCCACCAUUUUGGGGAAGCCUGGAACCCCGACAUGCAGUAAAGCGGCAUACACUCACAAAAUUGCCCGCCAGAUGCUGAUUGAUGGAAAGGAGGAGGGUUAGCGACACUGCCACCUUGUGGAAUUUUAUAAUGUGCCUGUCAACAAGUUACAUAAGAAACAUAAUUGUGGAUGUUUUGUCAUUCGGUAUUGCUUGACUGAAUGUAUCUAUAUAAUUGAUUGUUAAUUGAUUGAAUUACUCAGAGUGACCCAAGUAGACAGACCUUUUCAUUUGAUGCAUUAAAUUACAGUUCUUGUUCUAUGGUUAUCAUCAUCUCUUUGCCUUUAUUUUCUGUAGCCUUAGUCAUCGCAAAAAAACAAAAAGUAAAACGUGUGUGUGUGUGUGUCGAAAAUGUCAAACAGAAUGCUCCACCUGGACACACGGCAGUUGUAUGUCACACACCUGUCCUGUGCUUCUGUCCGUGUCCGCACGUCAGCGAGACCGUUCGGCUCUACUUCGCUAAAAAUAAUACACACACCCGCACAAGAAACAUGAAUAAUGGAGGACGGGGGUAGCGAGAUCCAGGUCAGAGUCAGACCCAAUUCCAGGAGCUUCAAUCCCUAAGGGAGGAUACUACUAGACCACGACAUAAAUAUUCACUUUGUAGCAUCUAGCACAUCUGCAGACUUGCGGUUAUCCUCUGGGCCGAGAUUAACGGGCUGGAGGCUAGCCGAGGUUUGUACAUGAUGGGCUCGCAGAAUGCAUCUGUGCAUUUUUGUCUCUUUUAUUCAUGCGAUGGAGUGUGCAAUAAAUUCCUGAUUGAGUUUAAACAGAUGUCAGAUUGAUUUGGGUUGACAAAUGGUAGCACAUUAACAUUCAUUAGCGUAAGGCAGGGGGCGUUUAUUGAUGAUGCCGCAAGUGCCUUUUAAGAGGGAGUUUUAUUUCUUUCUUUUUAAUAAUGGGCCCCAUUCAAAUCUCAACGGAAGGAUGGAAACCCUUCUAAAUAUUGUACCAAAGUGGUUUCCAAACUUUUUACACUAAGUAUGAACUAACAAAAAAAAAUUCACAUUUUGCCAGGUUGCACCGUCACGACUACAAUUAAAUUGCAGUCGUGUAGUGGGCCUAAGUGUUCGUCAUAACCCAGACAGAGAUUUUAGUAGACUGAAUACGAUUGUAAAGCAAUGUCAUUUUAUGCACCGCUUGAUCAUUAAGCAUUAAAAAUUAAAUCCAAAUGUGCUCGAAAGUUACCGGUAAUUAACAUGUACCAAUGCUUUUUCAUUGAUAUUUGUUCCCAUAUCUCUAACGUUGCACACACCACGUUUUUAAAAGCAGUGCGGCACCAGAAUAGAAUGACAGAACGCUGUUUCAUCUGAAACACAAGGCGUAGGUGAGUAAUAAUCUGUUCUCGUUGAAAGGCACCUCAUUUAUCCAGCCAUUAGUGUCUCUAAUUCACACGUCAUUUUGACGUGUUCUCGCAACGCUCGAAAAAAUGUUAUUUCAACAUCUUUCCGACAGCUGUGCUUUGAAAACUUUUUUGACACCGAGUUUUGCUUUGCCACCUUGUUCAAUAUUCAAUGUAUGUAUAGGUGUCAUUUUGGAGUGCUGUGAGUACGCCCCUCAGUGAAAUGUCAGAAUCUGACCCAAUUAGCGAUUUUCCCCCUCCCCAAUGUCAUCGGACUCAAGUUGUGUAACAAGGUCUCAGUGGGUGACUGUGCAAUUCACGAUGAGCAAUAUCUACGAGUCUGCAGAGGCCACGCUGGGCUUCAUCAGCUCUCCGUGCCUCACCAAAGUGGAGCUCAGAGUGGCCUGUCGGGGAAUCUCGGACCGAGACGCCCUCUCCAAACCUGACCCUUGCGUGGUUCUGAAGAUGCAGUCACACGGCCAGUGGUUUGAGGUGGACCGGACGGAAGUGAUCCGCAGCAGUAGCGGCCCAGUCUUCUCCAAGAUCUUUCUGGUGGAUUACUACUUUGAAGAGGUGCAAAGGCUGCGUUUCGAACUUCUCGACAUCAGCUCGGGCAACAAUGGCCUCCGUGAUGCUGACUUCCUCGGGGCCAUGGAGUGCACCUUGGGACAGAUUGUCUCUCAAAGGAAACUCACCAAAGCGCUCCUCAAACAGGGAAAUACUGCCGGAAAGUCUUCUAUCAUGGUGACGGCGGAGGAGCUGUCUGGCAACGACGACUACGUCGAGCUCUCCUUCAGUGCUCGUAAGCUGGACGACAAGGAUUUCUUCAGCAAGUCAGAUCCAUUCCUGGAGAUUUUUCGAAUCAAUGAUGAUGGGAGCGAGUCCCUCGUACACAGGACAGAGACGGUCAUGAACAACUUGAGCCCCGUUUGGAAAUCCUUCAAAGUUUCCUUGAACACACUCUGCAGCGGAGACCAGGAAAGGGAGCUAAAGUGCACCGUUUGGGACUGGGACUCGAAUGGAAAGCAUGAUUUCAUUGGGGAGUUUCAGACCACGUUUAAGGAGAUGAGGGCAGAACAGGAGGGCAAGCAGUGGGAGUGCAUCAACCCUAAAUAUCAGAUGAAAAAGAAGAAUUACAGAAACUCUGGGGUUGUCUUUCUUAACCACUGCAAGAUCAUCAAAAUGUAUUCCUUCUUGGAUUACAUCAUGGGUGGCUGUCAAAUCCAGUUCACAGUGGCAAUAGACUUCACAGCAUCCAAUGGGGAUCCUCGAAACAGCUGCUCCCUCCAUUACAUCCACCCCUACCAACCCAACGAGUAUCUCAAAGCUUUAGUGGCCGUGGGGGAGAUCUGCCAAGACUAUGACAGCGAUAAAAUGUUCCCGGCCUUUGGUUUUGGAGCUUUAAUACCGCCUGACUUCAAGGUGUCGCAUGAUUUUGCCGUCAACUUUGACGAAGAUAAUCCCGAAUGCGCCGGAAUCCAAGGUGUGGUUGAGGCCUACCAAAAUUGCCUUCCCAAGAUUCAACUCUACGGGCCCACCAAUAUCGCCCCCAUCAUCCAGAAAGUAGCCUCAUCCGCCUCAGAGGAGAUGCACACCAAAGAGGCCAUGGAAUAUUUCAUCCUCCUCAUUCUGACCGACGGCGUCAUCACCGACAUGGCCGACACGCGGGAGGCCAUCGUGCACGCCUCCCACCUCCCCAUGUCCGUCAUCAUCGUCGGCGUGGGCAACGCCGACUUCACCGACAUGCAGAUUUUGGACGGCGACGACGGCAUCCUGCGUUCGCCCAAGGGCGAGCCCGUCCUCCGGGACAUCGUCCAGUUCGUGCCCUUUAAGGAUUUCAAGCACGCGUCCCCAGCUGCCCUGGCAAAAAGUGUUCUGGCAGAAGUCCCGAACCAGGUGGUGGAUUACUACAACGCUAAAGGCAUCAAACCCAAAUGUAUGUCAGACUAUGAGUCAACAAGGACCUUCAGUCCCUGACGACGGAUGAGCUAUAUACAUGUUUACAAUACAAGUGUGCAUUUGCUUACCCCCCCUGCGCCCCCCUUUAAGACCCCCCCCCCCACACACAUUCAUGUAAAUACAUAGACCUUUGUCUAGCUCAGAGAAAGAAAUAGACUACUGCAUGUUUUUGGCUUUGAUGGCCUUAGCCGGGAAAUCCAUCCUUGUAUAUCUUCCAGAUGUUUCUAGAUACGAGUUUACCGAACCAGCAUGCGGAUCUCAGCCAACCCAAAGAAAUGACAACAUACCCUAUUUGGAUAACGAGCAAACGCGUCGAUAGCGCAAAUGUGAUGAAUGUAUUCUGAGAACUAGCAUUGCACUUUGUAUUCAAACUAUUUCCCUGGAUAUUAGUUUCCCUGGUCGUGUUUUGCAGAAAUGCACACAUAAUUCUGCUAGCUACUCCCUCGUAGAAGGCUUGCUGGUUAUGAAAUAAAGUAUCUCUGUCAUUUCAGAGAUAUUAUGGGCUGUUUUUUUUUUCUACAGAAUUCUUUUUUUGGGGUGGGGAGCAUAAUUGUAAUAAUUUCUUAAUAACCUUCCUAAAUUUUAAAGAGUUUUGCAGGGGUAGCUUGGUGUGGGUUGUAGACACUGAUCUGUGAACUCUUUUUCCCUUGUAAACUGCAUGUUGAUUAUAAUAAAGGCACCUUGUUUUUUUCUCA